GUGAUUGGUGGGCGAGGUGAACCCGGAUGUGUCUCGUGGAAUGGUUGUCAUUUGCGUACGGCAGACAUCCGGAAGCGGAAGUGCUGGCCUGUCUGUGUGUACAGGGGAUGUGCGGUACUGUGGGGUGACAGAGCUGAGCUGCAGGUGCAGCAGAGCAAGGACUGAGACACCCCGGCAGACAUGGACAGAGCGCGGAGCGGUAUCAGCGGGGUCCUGUCCUCCCUCUCCCUCCUCUGCGUCAUCCUGGACCUGCAUCUGGACGGGUCGCUGGCUGCCGGUCAGGCCGAGGUGGAGAGUCACCUGGAGAUGGGCCGCAAGCUUCUGGCUGCUGGACAACUGGCCGAGGCGCUGUCCCACUAUCACUCAGCAGUGGAUGGGGACCCCAAAAAUUACCUGACCUAUUACAAGCGAGCGACCGUCUACCUGGCCAUGGGGAAAUUCAAGUCAGCGCUGCCGGACCUCAGCCGGGCCAUCGAGCUGAAGCCGGACUUCCUGGCCGCCAGACUCCAGCGAGGGAACAUCCUUCUGAAGCAGGGGGACACACAGCAGGCCAAAGAGGACUUCCAGACAGUGCUGGUGAGCAGCCCGUCCAAUGAAGAGGCCAGGAGCCAGCUGGAGCGGGCCCAGGAGGUGGAGGUCCACAGAGAGCAGGCCUGGGGGGCCUAUAACCGGGAGGACUAUGUGGAGGCGGUCAGCUGGCUGGAGAAGGUGGUGGAGUUCUCCCCGUGGGAUCCCAGUAUCUGGAAGCUGCGCUCCGAGUGUCACCUCUUCAACGGAGAUCUGACCAAGGCCAUCCAGGACCUGAAGCCCACCACCAAACUGCGCAGCGACAACCGGGCCGCCUACCUCAAACUCAGCCAGCUCUACUACAUCAUGGGCGACCAUGAGGAGAGCCUGAGUCAGAUCCGGGAAUGUCUGAAGCUGGAUCAGGACGACAAAGAUUGUCACAUCCAUUAUAAACAAGUGAAGAAGCUGUCCAGACAACUGGAGUCCGCCGAGGAACUGAUCCGAGAGCAGAGAUACGAAGCCGCCGUUGAGAAGUUUGAAGCCGCCAUGAAGACUGAGCCCGAUGUGGAAAUCUACAGUAAAAGAGCUAAAGAGCGGAUCUGUCACUGUCUGUCCAAGAGUCAGCACACAGAGGCGGCCAUAAAGGUGUGUACAGAAGCUCUGCAGAGAGACCCCCACAGUACUCGGGUCCUGAAAGACAGGGCGGAGGUCUACAUCCUGAAUGAGCAGUAUGACAAAGCGGUUGAAGAUUUUCGGCAAGCGAAGGAACUGGAUGGAGACAACGAGGAGAUAAAUCAGGGUCUGGAGAGAGCACAGAAGCUGCUGAAGCAAUCCCAGAAAAGAGAUUAUUACAAAAUCCUGGGAGUGAAGAGAAAUGCCAACAAGCAAGAAGUGAUCAAAGCCUACAGGAAGCUGGCGCAGCAGUGGCAUCCAGACAACUUCCAGUCAGAGGAGGAGAAGAGAGAAGCAGAGAAGAAGUUCAUUGACAUCGCAGCAGCCAAAGAAGUGUUAACAGACCCAGAAAUGCGGCAGAAGGUAGAUGCCGGAGAAGAUCCGCUGGAUCCUGAGAAUCAGCAGGGCUCCGGACACCACCAGCAAUGGCCUUUCGAAUUUAACCCCUUCAGCUCAGGAAACUUUCACUUCAAAUUUAACUUUAACUGAGCCCUUCGGGGUCCUGGCGGUGGCUGCUGGGAGACUGAAGCACACUCCACCUGCGGCCGUCCUGUAAGGACCUCAUUCCUCAUCUGGACAGUUCGCGGCCGCAGGGCUGGCGUUACGUUUUUUUGCCUCCAUCUUUGACCUCGGUGCUGUUUACGUCUUCGGAUCAAGUCGGUUGUUCCUCUUGGACAUUGAGCAGAGCGGCGGCCGUUCAUGGACUCAGGAUGGACUGUCGGUGUGAACGGGAGCCGCUCGUGUCCUCUGGAUGGUGGAGGUGUAGAGGAAACAUCUGCUGGGGUGGGGGGAAAGGGGGGGGGGGAGAUGUAUAAUAAAAUACCUAUGAUUUUAGUUUUAA